AUGAGAUCUGAGAAUUGGAGCAGUGUGUCUGAGUUCCUUCUCCUAGGACUCCACAUCCGACCAGAACAGCAGGGCAUUUUCUUCUCCCUGUUCCUGAUCAUGUACCUGACCACGGUGCUGGGGAACCUUCUCAUCAUCCUGCUUAUCAAGCUGGACUCUCGCCUCCACACCCCCAUGUACUUCUUCCUCAGCCACUUGGCCCUCACUGAUAUCACUUUCUCAUCAGUUACUGUUCCAAGACUUUUAAUGACCAUGUACACUAAGUUCAGAUUCAUUCCAUAUGCUGAAUGCAUUUCACAGACAUAUUUUUUCAUAUUAUUUGCUGACCUAGACAGUUUUCUGAUCACAUCAAUGGCCUAUGAUAGGUAUGUUGCCAUCUGUCACCCUCUGCAUUAUACUACCAUCAUGAGCCAGCACAUCUGUAUUGCAUUGGUGGCUGGGUCCUGGGUCAUUGCUUGUGCUUGUGCUCUUUUGCAUACAUUCCUUCUAGCAAAGCUCAUGAAGGGGAAAAAUCAAAGCAGUGCAUCUGAGUUUCUUCUCCUGGGGCUCCCCACUGGGUCAGAGAGUGAAGAUAUAUACUUCGUCCUUUUCCUGGGCAUGUACCUGACCACGGUGCUGGGGAACCUGCUCAUCAUCCUGCUCAUCCGGCUGGACUCUCGUCUCCACACCCCCAUGUACUUCUUCCUCAGCCACUUGGCCCUCACUGACAUCUCCUUCUCAUCUGUCACAGCUCCAAAGAUGCUCUUCAACAUGCAGACACAGAGUCAAUCCAUCUCAUAUGCUGGGUGCAUUUCCCAGGUGUAUUUCUUUUUAUUUUUUGGAGAUGUUGAUAGCUUCCUUCUCACCUCCAUGGCUUAUGACAGAUAUGUGGCCAUCUGUGACCCUCUCCACUACACCACCAUCAUGAGUCAGAGUCUGUGUUACCUCCUAGUAAUUAUUUCUUGGAUCCUAUCUUUUGCUAGUGCCCUUUUACACACUGUCCUCCUGGCCCGUCUCUCUUUCUAUGAAGACAACACUGUUCCCCACUUCUUUUGUGACCUCUCUGCCUUACUUAUGCUGUCCAGCUCUGACACCACAGUCAAUGAGAUGGUAAUCCUCACUGUGGGAGUGGUGGUCAUUACUGUGCCAUUCAUCUGCAUCUUGGUCUCUUAUGGUCAUAUUGGGGCCUCUAUCCUGAGGGUACCUUCCACCAAGGGAAUCUUGAAAGCCUUAUCCACAUGUGGCUCUCACCUCACUGUAGUUUCUCUCUACUAUGGACCUAUUAUUGGACUUUACUUUUUCCCUUCAUCCAGCAACUCCAAUGACAAAAAUGUUAUUGUGGCCAUAUUGUACACUCUGGUCACUCCCAUGCUAAAUCCCUUUAUCUAUAGUCUGAGGAAUCGGGAUAUGAAAGGAGCUCUGGGAAAUAUACUCACCAGGAAAAUAUUUUCACCAAGAUGAACACUAUUUCUCUAUUAAUUGGUUAUAAGACCUGCUUUAUCCUGCUCAUGUACAAGGAACAUCUGUUCCUCUCUUCAGAGUUAUUUCUUAGUAAAUCAUGGUGUGGCAGUCUUUUUUCAUUUUGUCUCAGAUUGGACAGAGUUUUUUUCUUUAUUUAGUUUUCUUGUUCAAUAUAAAGAAUCAUAUGGAAAUGGUUUUACAAACAUAACUGUAAAAUAUCCCUUUAUAUUCUUUCAUGAAAUAUUUAUACCUAUAUGAUUUCAAGUUUUGAUUCAUCUCAUGUAAAAAGCAGUGCU